AUGGCUGAAGCCACUGCCACUCCCUUGGCCUCUGCUCCCGACGCAGGUGAGUCCGCCGAGCGCGUUCCUGCUGAGGUCAAAGCUGGACCCGUGGAGUCAGAGUCCAUCAAGGCGAAGGCAGAGCAGAACACCAAUGGCGCAGAAGAUGAGUCUGCUGACGCACCCGAAGAGAAGAAAGAAUCAUCGAAAGCCUCCGCUGAAAAGUCUUCCCCUGAGUCCGAUGCGAAGAAACCUGAAGACAGUGCCGCUGCCCCUGCAGAGUCAGAGCCCGUCACCGGAGCGGAGCCCAACGGCACUCCCUCCUCCGCAAAAAAGUCGGGGAGCUCCAAGCGCAAGUCUAUGGGCGGCGAUAACAAGUCGAAGCUGAACCGCAAGAAGUCUAUGAGUCGCAUUACGCACCUGGACGCGAAGCCCGGCGAGUACUACCUGGCGCGCCUUCGCAGCUUCCCUCCAUGGCCUGCCAUCGUCUGCGACGAGGAAAUUCUCCCCCAGAGUCUUCUGAGCACUCGUCCUGUAACUGCUCAGCGACCGGAUGGGACAUAUAGAGACGACUACGCUGAUGGCGGCAAGCGUGCCGCAGAGAGGACCUUCCCCGUCAUGUUCCUCGAAACGAACGAAUUCGCUUGGAUUCCUAACACUGACCUCAACCCUCUCGACCCAACUUCCUGCAAGGAGGUAUCGGAAAAGGGCAAGUCAAAGCUGCUCAUAGCGGCUUACGGCGUCGCUGCUGAGGCUCACGACCUCCCAUACUUCAAAGACCUGCUAGCAGACCACCAACGUGCAAUUCAACAGGAAGAAGAGGAGCGGGAAGCCCAGGCUGCUGCCAAGGCUGCCGCCAAAGCCGAGAAGGAGGCGAAGAAAAACAAGCGCAAGAGCAUGGAGAUUGUCGACGAUGUUGAUAUGGAAGACGCAGAUGAGGAUAACAAGAAGCCUAAGAGCUCUAAGAAGAGAAAAGCCGAGGCUGAAGGCGAAGAGAAGCCCGCUAAGACCCCAAAGACCGGCACCAAAUUGAAGCUCACCACCCCAAAGACCCCAGCCAGCGAGACGAAGAAGUCUUCCGGAGGCAGUAAGGCCAAGCAGAGCGCUAGCAAGAAGUCAGCGAAGGCUGCUAGCGAUGAGAGCGGCGACUCCCGUUCCGUAUCCAAGGAGCCCGAGAAGCAGAUCAACCCCGAGGAAGCCCAGAAAAAGAAGGAACGAGAGGUGCUGUUCGUCCGUCACAGACUCCAGAAGGGAUUCAUUUCCCGCGACCAACCCCCUAAGGAAGAAGAAAUGCAGACGAUGUCCGGCUUCCUCACAAAGCUCGAGAACAUCGAAGACCUCGAGGUUUCGAUUAUCCGCAGCACCAAGAUCCACAAGGUCUUGCGAAUGAUCAUCAAGCUCCCCUCCAUCCCACGGGACGAGGAAUUUCAGUUCCGAAAACGCGCGCUGGACAUCCUGUCCAAGUGGAAGAAUGUUCUCGACUCGGACAUCGUGACCCCUGCGGCGGAAGACAAGGACAAGGAGGACAAGCCCAAGGCUAAUGGCGUCCACAAGGAGGGCAGCGCCGAAAAGGAAGAAGAGUCCAAGCCGGAACCUGCCGAGCCUCAGGACGAGCCAAUGGCCGAUGUCGAUUCCGCAGAGAAGACAGACGAGCCUUCAAAGAGCGAGACUGAAAAGGUAGCGGCCCCAGAGACCAGCGAGCCCUCGGCAGCGAAAGCAUCAGAGAAGUCAGAGGAAAAGACCGCAGAGGCUGCGGCGUGA